AAACAAAUGUAGGAGUACUGACAACAUUUAAUAUGCAAAAACAAUGAGAGACGGUACGAGUCGGGGGCGUUGCAUCGACGAACAUAUAACAACUGUGCGACGAAUCAUUUUGCACAUUUAUGCCUACAUUUUCCGUUGAGCAGCACGAUAAAGCAAAAAUGAAAACUUCAGAACUGAUUAUUUGUAUCACUUCAGUAUUGUUGAUAGUGCUGAUGGUUAGUGAAGGCUCACCAGCACAAAAAUGGCGCCCACAAGGACGAUUUGGAAAAAGAACGAACGAAAUGAGUAACAAUCCCUUGUGGAUGAUUCUCUCUUCUUCGAAUAACAAUAACGAUGAAGCAUUAACUUAUGUUCCUGGAGAAAAACCUGUGCGUCUCGACAAUCUACUGUGUGUAUCUAUUGGAUUAAAAAACGCUUAUAAAUGUACUCGGUCUGAAUCAUAAAGUAUGACUAGCCCAAUCAUAAAAGAUGCAGCACUUGUUUCAGUUAUAUUUCUUUUCAAUAACUAUUGCACAUCAAUCCUCUAAAGUUUCGACAAUGGAAUUUCAACAAUUCAGCAAUGUGUGAAUAAACUAUAAUUAUUUACCAAUGGUCUUAUUUGUCUGGUCUCCGACUGGAGACAGUAUCAGAAUAUUCUUAAUGUUAAGAUCAUUUUCAUGAAUCUAAUUCCACCGUUUCGUUGACAAAUUAUAUUUUAUUAGAAUGAAGAAUAAAAAUAAUAUAGAAAAAAUU